AUGGGCACUCGAUGCUUUUCCCUACGCUCCCCGCCCCAUUCUCCCGCUUUCCAUCACCCCGCCCCAUUCUCCCGCUUUCCAUCACCCCGCCCCAUUCUCCCUCCUUCCAUCACCCCGCCCCAUUCUCCCGCUUUCCAUCACCCCGCCCCAUUCUCCCUCCUUCCAUCACCCCGCCCCAUUCUCCCGCUUUCCAUCACCCCGCCCCAUUCUCCCGCUUUCUAUCACCCCGCCCCAUUCUCCCGCUUUCCAUCACCCCGCCCCAUUCUCCCGCUUUCCAUCACCCCGCCCCAUUCUCCCUCCUUCCAUCACCCCGCCCCAUUCUCCCGCUUUCCAUCACCCCGCCCCAUUCUCCCGCUUUCCAUCACCCCGCCUCAUUCUCCCGCUUUCCAUCACCCCGCCCCAUUCUCCCGCUUUCCAUCACCCCGCCCCAUUCUCCCGCUUUCCAUCACCCCACCCCAUUCUCCCGCUUUCCAUCACCCAGCCCCAUUCUCCCGCUUUCAAUCACCCCGCCCCAUUCUCCCGCUUUCCAUCACCCCGCCCCAUUCUCCCGCUUUCCAUCACCCCGCCCCAUUCUCCCUCCUUCCAUCAACCCGCCCCGUUCACCCGCUUUCCAUCACCCCGCCCCAUUCUCCCGCUUUCUAUCGCCCCGCCCCAUUCUCCCUCCUUCCAUCACACCGCCCCAUUCUCCCGCUUUCCAUCACCCCGCCCCAUUCUCCCUCCUUCCAUCACCCCGCCUCAUUCUCCCGCUUUCCAUCACCCCGCCCCAUUCUCCCGCUUUCCAUCACCCCGCCCCAUUCUUCCUCCUUCCAUCACCCCGCCCCAUUCUCCCGCCUUCCAUCACCCCGCCCCAUUCUCCCGCCCUCCAUCACCCCGCCCCAUUCUCCCGCCUUCCAUCACCCCGUCCCAUUCUCCCGCUUUCCAUCACCCCGCCCCAUUCUCCCUCCUUCCAUCAACCCGCCCCCCUCAUUCUCCCGCUUUCCAUCACCCCACCCCAUUCUCCCGCUUUCCAUCACCCAGCCCCAUUCUCCCGCUUUCGAUGACCCCGCCCCAUUCUCCCGCUUUCCAUCACCCCGCCCCAUUCUCCCGCUUUCCAUGACCCCGCCCCAUUCUCCCGCUUUCCAUCACCCCGCCCCAUUCUCCCGCUUUCCAUCACCACGCCCCAUUCUCCCUCCUUCCAUCACCCCGCCCCAUUCUCCCGCUUUCCAUCACCCCGCCCCAUUCUCCUGCUUUCCAUCACCCCGCCCCAUUCUCCCGCUUUCCAUCACCCCGCCCCAUUCUCCUGCUUUCCAUCACCCCGCCCCAUUCUCCCGCUUUCAAUCACCCCGCCCCAUUCUCCCGCUUUCCAUCACCCCGCCCCAUUCUCCCGCUUUCCAUCACCCCGCCCCAUUCUCCCUCCUUCCAUCAACCCGCCCCGUUCACCCGCUUUCCAUCACCCCGCCCCAUUCUCCCGCUUUCUAUCGCCCCGCCCCAUUCUCCCUCCUUCCAUCACACCGCCCCAUUCUCCCGCUUUCCAUCACCCCGCCCCAUUCUCCCUCCUUCCAUCACCCCGCCUCAUUCUCCCGCUUUCCAUCACCCCGCCCCAUUCUCCCGCUUUCCAUCACCCCGCCCCAUUCUUCCUCCUUCCAUCACCCCGCCCCAUUCUCCCGCCUUCCAUCACCCCGCCCCAUUCUCCCGCCCUCCAUCACCCCGCCCCAUUCUCCCGCCUUCCAUCACCCCCGUCCCAUUCUCCCGCUUUCCAUCACCCCGCCCCAUUCUCCCUCCUUCCAUCAACCCGCCCCGUUCUCCCGCUUUCCAUCACCCCGCCCCAUUCUCCCGCUUUCUAUCGCCCCGCCCCAUUCUCCCUCCUUCCAUCACCCUGCCCCAUUCUCCUGCUUUCCAUCACCCCGCCCCAUUCUCCCGCUUUCCAUCACCCCGCCUCAUUCUCCCGCUUUCCAGCACCCCGCCCCAUUCUCCCGCUUUUCAUCACCCCGCCCCAUUCUCCCGCUUUCCUUCACCCCGCCCCAUUCUCCCGCUUUCCAUCACCCCACCCCAUUCUCCUGCUUUCCAUCACCCAGCCCCAUUCUCCCGCUUUCCAUCACCCCACCCCAUUCUCCCGCUUUCCAUCACCCAGCCCCAUUCUCCCGCUUUCGAUGA